UCGUAGAAUARUAGAUGUUGAAAACGGUYUGGAAACGGUGCAAAGAAUUCGGAGGAUGAAAACGGUCUGGAAACGGUGCAAAGAAUUCGGAGGAAACGAAGGGACGGGAGGACGGACAAUGGCUAGGCCCGCGACGCCUACGCAGUCAAGUCCGCCCGACACUGAUCUAGGUAGGUCUUCGCGCUCGCCGGAGCUGUUCGGCAAUGACAAGGUCCAUACUGUAGCACAACCUCGCAUAGCUAUCGAUCUGGGUACGUCUUGGAGUCGGGUGGCGGUCUGUCGCGAUGGGAAGGUCGAGGUCAUAUCGGACAUGUCCGGAAAACUCUCAACCCCGUCUGUUGUUGCAUUCGGGGACAAGAACCGUUCGGUGGGCGAGCUAGCAAAGAAACUGGUGCGCAAACCGGAGAACUUGCUGUACGAGGUGAAACGACUGAUAGGACGAGAUUACGACUCGAUCAGAGAAGAGGAGAGCAAGUGGUGGCCGUUCACCGUUACUAAGGGAAAAUCGGGGGAGGCGCUGCUAGAGGUAAGGAGUGAAUUCUUGUGCGCUUUGAAGACCAACCAUGGAGAUCGGACUGAAGCACGGAAUUCAGGGCGUCAGGAACAGGUCUGUGCGGGAAAGAACGAGGCAGGGGGGGUGCGGGGGGUGCAUACGGAGGCUGUUGGCACGAACCCGGAGGGUGGCGCCUAUAUGACGUCUAACGGUAGAGAUCCGAUUGCGUCAGCAGAUGCUGAGAGGAAGCUUCAGCAGCAGGACGAGGUUUUUCGUAGGCAGAACUCGGGGGCGGGGGCGCCUACGGACGAGACAGACGGCAAGACGUACUUGGCGCCUGAGCAGAUACUAGCAAUGCUUCUAGCGAAGAUGAAGACUGACGCCGAGGCUUUUCUUCGAUGCGACGAACUGGAUGCCGCAGUCAUUACCGUUCCAGCAGUAUAUAGCGACAGGCAGCGAUCAGCUACGAAAUUGGCGGCUGAGAUCGCAGGCUUCAAUGAUGUACAGCUCGUCAGCGUAUCAGCGGCGGCUGCUUUGUCCUACGCCGAGCACAACGGAUUAAUCUCCCUAGGCGGCUCCGGUGUCUCUCAAGGAAACGAAACUGGCAGGAGGAUGCUUGUGGUUGCUAUGGGUGGUGGAAGCUACGAAGCUGCCUUGGUUACGAUUGUCGGUGGGUGGCUCAGAGUGGACUCAGCGAGCGGCAAUCCAAGUCUCGGAGGAAUGGACUUCGACCACAAGAUGAUGGAGCGUAUACUCCAUCGCGUGCAGCAGCAGUUUCACCAGACUCUUGCACUGGACGGCAGGACGUUGUGGGAACUGAAAACUGCGAGCGAAAAWRCUAAGGAGGAUCUGACUUCUYUUAGUGACGCGCAGGUUGAGAUUGAAUUCUUCCGSGGGGAUGACGAGCGCAGUGAUGACGACGGCAAGGUUUUCAUUUGCCGUGGUGAAUUUGAGGAGAUGUGUAGGAGUUUGUUGGAUGAGUGCAUGAAAUGUGUCCAUAGGGUCUUGAAGGAAACCGGAACUCAGACUUCCGAUGUGAAGGAAAUUGUGUUGGUUGGUGGGUCAACACGCAUCCCCGAGGUCGAGCGGAUGUUAACGAGGCACUUCGGACUGAAGCCGAAGUUCCACUAUUACCAAGAUGAAGCAGUUGUGCGGGGCGCAGCGCUCUUURCUAAUUUCAGUGAACGGGUUGUGGAGACUCAUCCUUUACGCAUAUCGUACUAUGACGUGAACCAACGUAAGCACUUCAAUUUUCAACAGUUUCACAGACCGACGGAAUUCCUUUUGCCGCCUCUCCGAGUGUGGUCGUUUAAUCCACAGACUGGUCGGAAGUGGCUGUCAUUAUUUGAGAUGAGAAGAGGUGCAGAGGAACSCAUACAAACUGGCACAGUAGUGCUCGGCGAAGGCAAGUCUCACGGUCUCCCGCGGCUGGAGGUUGACCRAUGUGGGGUACUGAGACUUCAGGAGGGAGCGGCUGCAGUAGGCGCUGCGCUUUAUAAAGUCRGUGAACGAACUUCGGAAGAGAUCRUUGGGUGGAGGMRGCUUGCCGAGAAGUUAACAGUGUACGAGCAGAGAAUAGCAGAGAUSAGCAGCGCGAGGCGCCAAUGGGCGAAGUACGUGCAGGAAGUGGACAAGCAAGAGUCUAACUGCGAGCGCUGGCUGUGGACCAUUAUAUCSGACUGGAAGGCUGACAUCGAGCGAUGGCUAGACAACGAGGCGGCAGGGGUUCGAGUCGGGAACCAGGAAUUUACCACKCGCUUUGCCGGUUUCCGAGGAGUGUGCGAAUAUGCCUUCGGAGACUUGUGGGCGAGAUCGUUAACGGGAAGGAGGUUCCUAGUGGUCGACAGCUGGGAGUUCAACGAUGUGGAUAAGUGCCUGCUGAAUCUGGAAAACAGAAGCGGAGAUGUCUGUGACGUGGUCGUGUCUAUGCCGCUGAAGGACCUUCGCAAGACAGGGAACCGAAUUAAAGGAAUCGAGGGUAUCGAUCUCGCAGUACCCUGCGGUUCGGCCAGUGCUACCCUGCAGAGCGCGAAGGACAGUGGCAUCCCCUACGUAGUACUUUUCGCCGGUACCGUAAUGCUUUCCGGUGAUGGCGGUUUUCAAAACUCGGAUUGGAACAAGUUUGUUGCUGGGCAGGUGACAGUAGCUGUCGAAGCUGGCCUUCAGGUCGUGCUGUGCCUCUUACGAGAUGGUUGUCGAGACGAGCACAGGAGUAAUCUACCUUAUGACAUGGAGGAGGAGAAGAGAUACUGUGAAGCGCAACUCAGGGAUGUUGGGAAUUGGAUUGGCCGGGAUUGGCGAAACAUAGCUAUCGUUCAUAUGCCUCCGCCACAUUUKUCUUUGGCCAUGAUAUCGUCUCUUGGAGAAGACGCCAGUAGCACGCAGCAGAGYGGCGCACUUCCGCAGAAUCACGUAGAGGAGACGGUUCGGCACAUAAGAGAGGUUAUCGGGACUUUGGCGACCACCGAAGCGGCUAACAAAACGCGCAUCCUUGUCGGCRGUUGCGCGGCUGUGGAGAUGUGGAAUGCCCUUGUAAAGCAAGAUGAGAUUGACGGCUUGUUUCUUKACCGUGGGUUCCAAAACCCUCAGCYCGUCGAGAAACUCCGCUCGCCCACUAGAGAGAGGARGGGGAAAGCUCUACUUUGUCACGUGGCAAACGGAGAUGCCACUCURGACGAGAAUGACAAGGAAAUCCUGCACAGAGUCAGCAGGGACCUGAUGGCUGGAGAAGAGGUGGACUGGAUAAAGUAUKUAAGGACUGAAAAUUUGCACGAGGAACGCACUGGMUCCGUUGCCGUGGUUUGGAAGGCGGGUGCUAUAAUAAGAGACGACGACCAAACGGGAAACAACUCGCGUAAGGUGAAGAUCRUCCCURUUCUUCACGGCUAUGAUGGAGGGGAGCUUGGAGAGGCAGUUGACAAGCARCUUUCAAUCCGGAGCGAGGAGCUAAAGCGGACUCAUCUUGAAGGGGAGGAGGUUGUCCUCGAGUACAGGCCUGCGCUGUCGGUGGACAUGGGAGGUAAUCUUCCCGUGGCCGUGGAGACCGCUCACGCCCGCAUCAGAAGAUGGAUUUUGACGAAUAUCAGCCCCGACCUGGCACGAGCGGUGYGUAUAGUUUGUUCCCUGGUCCAACUGCCGCAMGACUGGUACAGAGAAAUCACCARGCAAGCGAAUGUAGACGGGAUAACCUUGCCACAGKUCUYGACCGGAACCGCACCACAAAGGGGGGAAACGCAUACCAAAGCACCGCAAAGUAGGUGGCCUACGCCUGCGCCCGCCAAAGGGUCGCAGCUUGCCGAGAAGCUCACUGUGAGGGGUGCGAGGUACCAAUGGAAGACRUACACAGAUCAAGUAGAGAAGCGAGAGUCUUCAUGCCCGCGCUGGCUUUGGAGUAUUAUAUCGGGGUGGAGGCAUGAGAUCGAGCGAUGGCUUGGCGAGGAGACGGAAGAUGGCUCUGUAUGGAUGAGGGAAUUCACCUCCCRGUUUGUCGAAUUCAGAAGGGCGUGCGAGUGUGCAUUCGGAGCGUUGAGGGCCAGACCAGCGUCAGGAAGGAAGUUCUUGGUGGUGGAUUGCUGGAAAUCAAACGAUAUUGAAGACUGUCWGCAGAGUCUCUUGACGAGMAGGGUCCCAGAUCUCUGCSAGGUAGUCGUCUCCAUGCCGCUCAARGAGCUUCGCACGGCAAAGCAACGAAUAGCAACAGUGGARGGAAUCCAGUUGGCGACACCCUGCGUUUCGCCCAAAGCGACCCCCAACGCCUUGACGAAGGGUGGAAUUYCUUACGUCCUUCUCGAGGCAGGGCCCGCCGUAACCGRCUCUGGCGAUACGGAGCAUCUCUCCUCGGGGUGGAACAAGCUUGUUGGUGAGCACGUGUCCCUUGCCCUGCAAGCUGGUCUUCAGGUCGUCUUGCGCAUUGGACGAGAGGAUUGCGAGGAUGUGGAAGACGCCAAUGAGGCCUUUGAACUUGARGAGGAGAAGCACCAUUGUGAGGUGCAACUCAGGGACAUUGUCAGUCGCAUUGGCAAGGAUUUCGGAAACAUAGCUGUCGCGUAUCUGCCUUCACCACAUAUGCUGACUUCCGUAAUCGAAGACGAYGCAGCAGAGGSAGCCAGCGCAACCCCGUGUGACGUUGUAGAGACGGUUCGGCACAUAAGACGUUUGAUCGGGGAUUUGGUGAACGCCGAGGCCGCCAAAGCAAUGCGCAUCCUUAUCGCCGGAUGCAGGACGGCAGACACGUGGCAUGCCCUGCUAAGUGAACGGCAUGAGAUUGAUGGCUUUCUUCUUGAGGCGGGGCUCCGAGACCCUCUCCUGUUGGACAAACUCCUUCUCUCAGGGGGACCAAGCGUGGAAAUUCGUCCGGAGAGGGCGGGCAAGGUGUUGCUCUGUGGCGGGAAAACGGAAAAUGUGACCCUCAGCGAGUAUGACAUGGUCUGGUUGAGCGCUGUCACAGCCAGGCUGGUGGGCACAGAGGAGGUCCUGUGGAUAAGCACGAAGUUUGUAUCCACUCUGGCGGUGAGUUCAGAAAAGAAGACGAUCAAGGAGAUCGACGGCUCCAACGUGCUGCUCUGGAAGGACGGUCAUAUUCUAACUGACUACCGCGAAGAGGUGAGAGAAGCGCGAAAGGUGACCAUCAUCCCCAUUGUCGACUCCGAUAACAACAGCCAAGGACACGAACUAGCAGAGGGUCUAUCCACGCAGCUCUCAGCAUUGAGGGAGAAGUUGGCAGGAAACGCUCAUAAUAUCUGGCCACAGCUUCUUCUCGAGUACAGGCCUGCUGACAGUUUGAACAGCGCAAGCUCCCUUCUUGAGACUGUGGACAGAACUCACGUCCUCAUCAGGAGAUGGGUUCUGGCAAACUUGGGAGCCGAGGCAGCGCAGGAGGUCCGCAUUGUAUGCUUCCUCGAGGAGGAGCUGGAGCCAGAGACGCGUAGAGAUGUCACUGAACUGCCCAAUGUAGAUGGGGUUAGCCUGCGGCUUCCAUAUAGGCGAACCGUCAGUCGCUCAGGUCUUGCAGCCUAGAUGGGAGUUAGAUUGCAUCUUUAGCUCCUUUUUUUUCAUUUUAAUUUACACAAUGGGGAUUCCUUUUUUUUUUUUAAUAAACGCUAUAUUCUUCU